GUGUCCCAUCAGCUUCCCUCUGCCUCUCUGCAGACUACGGUCUCUUCCCAUCUUAGUCAUCUCUUCACUGAACAGCCAGAGAGGAGCAGCCUUUCACCUCAGUGCAGAAUGCCUUUUGGAGGAGGAAACAAGUGCGGCUGCUGCCAGAAGACCGUUUACUUUGCUGAGGAAGUGCAGUGCGAGGGGAAAAGCUGGCAUAAAUCCUGUUUUCUGUGCAUGGUCUGUAAAAAGAACUUGGACAGUACAACAGUGGCUGUUCAUGUGGAUGAGAUCUACUGCAAAUCGUGCUAUGGCAAGAAAUAUGGACCAAAGGGCUACGGCUUCGGCGGUGGAGCUGGCACUUUGAGCAUGGACACAGGAGAGGGACUUGGAAUCAAGCCUGAACUACAAGCUCCUCAUCGCCCUACAAAUAACCCUAACACAUCAAAGUUUGCCCAGAAGGCAGGAGGCUCAGAUGUGUGUCCUCGAUGUGGGAAAACCGUGUAUGCAGCGGAGAAGGUUAUCGGAGGGGGCAAUUCCUGGCAUAAGGGCUGCUUUCGUUGUGCCAAGUGCGGCAAAGGACUGGAGUCCACGACCCUCGCCGAUCGAGAUGGGGAGAUCUACUGUAAAGGAUGCUAUGCAAAGAACUUUGGUCCUAAGGGAUUUGGCUUUGGUCAGGGUGCAGGCGCCCUUGCUCAUUCUCAGUAAAGCCUGAAGCCUCGGGCCACCUGGGACCGACACCUGUCGUGCUCUGCUAUCAUCGCUGCCAGGAUCUUCCACUCCAUAUCCAGCCUAUUUUACUCUGCCCUUUCACUCCAGCUACAGGCAAUGAGGAAUGAAAGAAUCACACAGUUUUUUGUACAUAUUCAAGUCAAUUUUGCUCUAUACUGCAUGUUGCAUUAGGACCUGGUGGUUACAUCCUGUAAAACAUUUUUUAAAAAUUGAAUUCUAACUGAAUAUGUGCACAUUGUGUUUAAACUCAGUUUUUAUAGAAAAAAAAAGUAACUACAUGACUGUAAAUCUAACAGGCACUCAUAUUGCAAUAACAUAAAUGAGCUUGGCAAAUGUUAAGUUUGAUUAAUGUCUCAAAUAGUCUUUGAGCAACAGCAUAAGAACCACACGUUUCCAGACUGACAGCUGUGGAACAACAGCCUCAAGGUUCAAGUGAAGCAGAGAUAAAACCAUCCUUCCUGCCCUAAAUGUCAAAAGGUGUACAUAUUAUCUGAAAAUACACGUUACUGCUAAGACACAAAUUAAAUAUCAGGCAACAAAAACAAUGGAUUCUUUCCUGACUACCCAUCAUGCACAUUUUGGUACUCUUUACACUACUGUCAUUGUUCUUUCUGUGGUUCUGACCUGAUGAAAUCAGUUUGUUUACAUCACGGUCGCGCUUGUUAUUGCUUCUAAUCGUCAUCACACAGAGCGAAGAGCCGGCUGCUGUGCUGAACAACAUAGUCACAGUACUUGGCCCCGUCUCCGCCUGCUCCGAGGAGCUGGCACUGAGUGCCGUGCAGCUGUGGGGGUGACGGUGAUGGAGGAGACAGCUGUUUGUUUUGGCACAGACUACAACAUGUGCGAGUCACAUCAACAACUAACCUAGGCCUGAAAUCCACACCAAGAUGACAUGCUCAAGACCUCAGAUCUGUUCCAGAACUUUUAUUCUCCUUGUGAUAGAGAGGAGGGACAAAGCCAGGGGUGCAGAAGAUAAAUAUCCCAGUGUCCUUCUUCUCGCCAUCACGUUGGUCACUCUGCAUCCACAGCACCGUUACAGAAAGGGGGAAUUGAAAUUGCCAAGAUGCCUGAGAAACCGUAAGUGUAUUGUGUUUCCAUUUCCAAAUGAGAGUAUCAGUUUCAGACAGCAAAUGGCAUUUAUCUAUAGAAACACAGAUUAAGGAACAUAAUCGUGUUGCAAACUACGGGGGAGCUCAAUCCCCCCCAUAAGACAGGAGCUCCCCUGAAAACAUGAAAUAAUAGUAAAAUAUUUGGAGGACUCUGUCUAAAAUAUUGGCAAUGUGUUAUUUUGUCAUAUAUGCUACUUCUGUACCUUUAUCAUCAUGGAUCAGUGGUAAAAAAUAGGCCAUUGUCAAUUAUUACUGAUGUACGAUUCACACACAAAGCUGAUUCUGCACAAAUUCAUUUUAAUCAAGACACCGGCAUGCAUGCAAUUCGUCACCAUAGCAAACUUCACUUUAAUGCAAAAAUCACCAAAACAAACUCUUGACCAUGUCAGUUGGCUUAAAACACAGAAGAACAGUCUGCGCCUGAAUCACCAUUUUUCAUUUAGGCUAAUUGCAGUUAUAAUUUAAAAUUCAUUCAGAUUCUCUGUAUCUUUAAUGAUUUUUCUAAAUCUAUGUUUGUACGACUCUCUACCCACAGACCAGAGGUAAGACUUCACAAUGUUCCAUUUGACUAACAAAUAUUGUUUAUUGCUGCAAAAAAAAAACA